AUAAUAAUAAUGUCUUGUGACUGACAGAUCGAGCACAGCCGGAUCUACGGGCCUCUGUGGAAGUCGACGUACGGCCCUCUGGUCGUGGUGAACGUGGCCAGCGCCGAGCUCAUCGAGCAGGUUCUGAGGCAGGAGGGGAGGUUCCCGGUCCGGUCCGACAUGCCCCACUGGAGGAGCUACAGAGAGCUGCGGAACCAGGCCCAGGGGCCGCUGACCGAGAUGGGGGUGAAGUGGCAGCGGAUCCGCAGCAUCCUCAAUCCUCGGAUGUUGAAGCCCAAACACGUGUCGUCGUACACCAACACGGUCAACGAGGUGGUGAGCGACUUCGUCCUCCGAGUGAGCCGGCUGAGGGAGACCAGCGGCGGCGUGAUGGUCAACGACCUCACGGCAGAGCUCUACAAGUUCGCUUUCGAAGGUCAGCCGAGAACAAACAAACCAAAUGGUCCUGAUUAGAACGAGUAGAAGAAGAAUGUCCUGAUUAGAACGAGUAGAAGAAGAAUGUCUUUUGAAUGUUUAGUUCAAAAUGUGUUUUUAUUUCUGGUAAUCUUCA